CUGUCACUGUCAGCAGUGUCAGCCGGUCAGCUGCCGAUUGGUACAAUAAAAUGUUAUUUAGUGUGAAUAAAAAAUCAUUGUUCACAUUUUAUUUUUCGUUUCUUAGGCCUUGUUUAGUAUUUGCUCAAACGAACAUGUCUUCUGGCAUAGUGGAUGCGGAUAAAUACUCAACGGCAUUUGUGACGGUGCCAAACAUGGAGGUGGGCAGAACUAUUGGCCAUGGUCUAGUGGAAAAUAAACUGGCAGCCUGUGUUAAUGUGGUACCGCAAGUGACGUCUAUAUACAAAUGGGAAGGCAAAAUCAAUGAGGACAGUGAGGUCCUGCUCAUGAUAAAGACAAGAACAUCUCAAGUGGACAAGCUUACAGAGUAUGUUCGAACCAACCAUCCCUACAAGGUUUGUGAGGUGAUCUCACUGCCCAUCAAGAACGGGAACCCACAGUAUUUGGACUGGAUCGGUGAAACUGUUCCGGAGAAGUAGUCUUUGACAAGGAAUUGUAGGCUGAUAUUGUAUAAGAUAAAACUUAAAAAAUGGCUGCACUAUGUUAGUAUCCUAUUUUGCCAUUGCUUUAUAAAAUCCUUGUUUCUAAAAUAAGGUAUAGUCUUAUAGGUAUAGAAUUAUUUCCUGAAUCAAUGUAAAUAACUUAUUCCACGAAUUACCCAGAGAACUGUUCCAAUCUACUCAUACUGUACACAUAUAAGCAAUUUGUGAAUGUUAUUUACUGAAGAAUACAACCUCAUCCAUUUCUUAUAACCAUACAAAUCAAAUUUGUAACUUCACAAAUAAUUUCUUACGGUAUAUAAACUGUAGAAUCUAAAAAAUAGUUGUCAAAACUGGCAGAAUCUUUUAAGUACUCUUCCCUAAAGCAUUUAAUAUUUAUGGCAUUUAUAUUUGGUCAAAGUGUAAAAUAGUAUUCAUCUGAAGCUCUUCUAUUUUCUAUCAGGUUGAAAAGACUUGUGACUUAUUGACAAUGUCAUCAUCCUGCCAUUAUCCCGUUUUUUUUUUCGGUUGGUGCAGCAUGUUUUCUUCUUCCAUACUCUUUGCUGCCUCUAACGCAAAAAGUAAAAAGACCUCAACGAAAGGUCAAUAUAAGAAUGUAAAAAGACUUAAAUGUUAGUUAUAUUUAUUAAAGCGGUUUAUCAGUGCACAUGCAUAUGAGAAAUGUAAUAACUUAAGAAAUAAAACGAGGCAUUUAUUCAUGUGAGAAGAUUGUUAAACUUAGUUUUUAGUCUGCAAAUUUUGAAAGGUAAGAUGAAAAAUGUCCAUUAACACAAGCCAAAUCACAAAAUACGUGAAGAAAUAAUAUCAAAUGCAAAAACAAUUUUCAGCAAUUACUGUAAUUCUAGUUGUGAUUCUAGGGGAGUUAGUUGCGGCAUUUCUUCCCAGUAAUAGCACAUAGGAAGUAGUAGUGCGUUUUUAGCGCCAUCUCGUGUAAUCCUGACGUUCGAAAUUGUGCUAUUUUUCAGCCUACUUUGAAUAAAUGACUUUUGAUUUUAAUGUUGUAGCAAUUGCGAUUACUUUAAUGAAUUUUCAUUGCUGAAAGUAAUUCAAGCCACUGACUGUAUACCUACUUCAAUCAAAUUACGUAUUACCAUUGAAUGUCCAAGCAAUGUAUUAAGUUGACGUGUCAAUAAUCUAUGUAAUAGUUAUGAACUAAGGUGGUCACUACAGCAAGAGUAGUAUGUAUAUAAUUUGUGUUUUUAGUAAACAUUAUCAAUAAAGGAUGUCUCUCUAAAUAACGUUAA